CCGCCUCCGCGUCGCCACUCGCCGAACCCGAACCAGACCCGCCUCCCUUUUAAGCGCGGCUGCCCUUUUUCCCGUGCACACCUCUCCUCUCCUCCGCGCUCCCGUCCGCCUCCCCCGGCUCGUUCCCGCUGGUUCGCGUCCGUGCGCGCGCGGGGGUGAAUGGGUGACCUGGGAGGAGGAGACCGGCGGGAGGCGGCGCCGGCGCCGGCCGGAGGCGGGCCCGACCACCUGGUGGUCAUGGUCCACGGGAUCGUCGGGAGCACAGCAGAUUGGAAGUUUGGAACUGAGCAGUUUGAUAAGUUGCUCUCUGACAAAGUCAUAGUUCAUUGUAGCAACCGCAACAUGUACAGGCUAACUUUAGAUGGCAUUGAUGUAAUGGGUGAGCGAUUGGCACAAGAGGUUAUUGAAGAAAUCAACAGAAGACCAGAUAUCAAAAAGAUAUCUUUUGUUGCACAUUCAGUUGGAGGAUUGGUUGCUAGAUACGCUAUUGGAAGACUAUAUAGACCACCUAAACAAACAUCCGAAAAUGCUCAACAAAAUUUGACUGAUGAUAACAGAGGUACAAUAUAUGGACUUGAGGCAGUGAACUUCAUAACUGUUGCAUCACCACAUCUUGGUUCCAGAGGAAACAAGCAGGUUCCUUUCCUUUUGGGGGUUACUGCAAUUGAAAAUUUCGCUAGCUGCAUCAUUCAUUUGAUAUUUGGAAGAACUGGCAAACACCUCUUUCUUACUGAUAAUGAUGAGGGAAAGCCUCCAUUGCUGCAACGCAUGGUGGACAAUUGGUGUGACCUGCAGUUCAUGUCUGCUUUGCAAGCAUUUAGACGACGAGUUGCGUACUCCAAUGUUCGUCAUGAUCAUAUUGUUGGGUGGAGGACAUCAUCCAUCAGACAAGAUUCAGAAUUACCCAAGUGGGUUGAUUCAACAAACAAGAUUUACCCACAUAUUGUAUAUGAGGAACUAUGCAAAGCAGAAGCUCCUAAUAAAUGCGAGGACACGGACCACUGCACACUAGAAGAACGUCUUUUAAGAGGACUUAAGUGUGUGUCAUGGGAAAAGGUGGAUGUUAGCUUCCACAACAGCAAAGUAAGAUCUGCAGCACAUAGUGUGAUUCAGGUGAAGGAUCCUGUGAUGCAUUGCGAAGGUGCCGAUGUCAUACAGCAUAUGAUUGACCAUUUUACUCUCUAGUAAAAUCCCUGGUCUUUGUUUUGCUAACUGCUGAGUCUGAUCCUGGCGAGCAUAUUUUAUGGAAAUCCCAGGCAUCAAAGAUUCAUGGCACUGAUGGAUCAAGUAUAUAGGGGGGGGGGGGGGGGGGGGGGGGGACACUCCCGUUCGUUCAUUUAGUUAUUUGUGACCAUAUAUGCUGUAUGGUGCAUGUACUUUUAAGACUACCCUUGUCAUUAUAAAUGUUUAUCAUUUAUUUAGUGGUGUUCUUGAUACGGCGUGCGUGUAUUUUGGAAGACAUACUGCAGAUAGGAUGUGUAUAUGUGGGGGAAAAAAGACCGCCGUUGCAUGAAUGCAACAGAAAUGCUGAUUUUACUUCGACAAAUAUGAUUGUACACGCAACAAAGGCGAUUUAAGAA